AUGGCGUCGCAAAUUAAGCUGCUCCGGGAGCCCGCUCUCGCCCCGUCCUCCACCCUCAUCCUCGUCACCGGGGCAUCCGGCUACAUCGGCUCCAACAUUGUUCGGGAGGCACUGAGUCUCGGCUACCGCGUGCGCGGGACAGCCCGCACGAGCGAGAAAUGCAAGGCCACGGUCGCACAGCAUGACGGCCACCCAAACUACAGCACAGCCGUGGUCUCGGACUACUCCCACCCGUCGGAUGAGAUCGACGCCGCAGUCAAGGGGGUCGACAGCAUCAUCCACGCCGCCUCGGACACGACCUUCAGCGAAGAUGCCGACUUUGUCAUCAGCACCGUCGUCGCCGGCACCGAGCACUUCCUGCGGGCCGCAGCCAAGGAGCCCAGCGUCAAGCGCUUCACGCUGACAAGCUCGGCUACCGCGGCGUUACUGCCAAAGCCAGGCGUCGAGGGUAUCGUCGUAACCACGGAAACGUGGGACGACGAGGCCGUGGAGGCGGCCAAGACCAAGGGCACUGCCGUCGGGCCAAGCGCCUACUCUUACGUUGUGUAUGCGGCCAGUAAGACCCAAGGUGAAAGGGCGCUCUGGGACUUUGUGAAGAAGGAGAAACCAUCCUUUGUCGCCAAUGCCGUGCUUCCAGACACCAACUUCGGACGUGUCCUGGGCUCUGCUGGUGCUACGGGGGCAAUGCCAAUCGAGCUGUUCAAGGAGGGGACCUUGUCGUGGCCCCCGGCCCCACAAUACUUUGUCGAUGUAGUCGACGACGCAAGGCUGCACCUCUGUGCCGCGGUGCUAGAUGAGUCUCUCAAGAAUGAGCGUAUCUUCGCAUUUUCGUAUCCCUUCAACAUCAGUGAAUGUAUCGAGACCAUCAAGAAGGUCAGGCCGGAUGUCGACGCGUCCAAGAUGAAGACUGACCCCAAUGAGCUGCGAGAUCUCACCAAGGUGCCCAACGAAUUGGGCGCGAAACUGCUGAGGGAGUGGUAUGGCCAGGAUGGGUACAAGACCCUCGAACAAAGUAUCAAGGAGAAUCUCGAGGGUAUUUGA